GCUCAUCCUCGCGGGCACGUCGUCGUAAUAAACGACUCUCCCAUAGCGUUUUCAACGAGAAAUCCCUUUACCUGGCCAGAGUUAUGGUUUCCAUCAGAACAAGGACUGCCCGGACAUACUACGGGGAUAACCAUUUCUGCGGUGGCGCCAUUAUAGCCCCAAAUUUCGUUCUGACCUCAGCUCACUGUAUUGUAACGAAACGUCGACUCUUCCUGCCCACUAGAAUGCUGCUAGUUGUGGCCGGAACACCGAACAGGCUUAAAUAUAUCGAAAGAAGAUCCUUUCAUACCCCGGUGGUUCAAAUAAUAGCGCCAGAUAACUUCACAAUCUUCAACACCAAUGACAUUGUAUUGCUGCAGACAAAAUUGCUGUUUCCCAGAGACAAUUUUUAUAUUGAAAUUAUUGAUUUGCCCUCACAACCUGCUAAAGUAGGAUUCUACUACGAUCUAGGUGGGUGGGGACGCUUAUAUCGGGGCGGCCCCCUUAGCUCAAACAUUGGUCACAUUAGUGUGCCAGUGAUACCCCCUGAACUGUGUCAGGAGUUGCUCCAUGUCACCAAAAGGGAUAUGCUCUGCACCUUUGAUCACAAAGCGGACUCCGCCAAGUCGGCCUGCAUUGGAGAUCUCGGGAAUCCGCUGGUGCUGAACCGUACGAUAUAUGGCGUCGUGAGCAGCACUUUGGGAUGCAGCAGCCCCCACCUGCCUUCCAUUUUCACGGAUGUUUAUAAGAACGUGGAUUGGAUCAUGCGUAAUAUGUUACAUGGUAGUCGAAACGGGGCGGAUACCUAUAUAUCUGAAUCUAAAACCCUACUCUUGCUACAAAUUUUCACUCAUUAUUUCUGUAAAUUGUAUAGUAACUUUCAAUAAAUAAAAUUAGGGAGGAUCUGUGUGUCUUGAGACUUAACUGUCAGUAGUUUAUAAACAUUUUAAAUGGCUUUGUUAUUAAACAAGUUUUUAUUGCAUAAAUUGUGUAGUUUCCUUUUGUUUUUCUUACUCUUCAAA